UCAAACCUUAAUUAAAUACUGCCUUACUAUAAUAAGGAACUACCUUAUUUUUGACAGCACAAAUUGAGUUAUUGCAUGUGACAGUUUACAAGCAGUUAACACUCAACGUAUUUAUUUAUUUCUAACCUCAAAUUAUUUAAAUUUUUUAUGAUUGAGUAUUUAUUUAUUUUCUGUGGAUGCAAUGGAAGAAGUUUUGGAAGCUCUUAUUCUGGGUGACGCUGCAGAUGAUGAUUAUGAGUAUGUCAUUAUGGAUAAUAUUUUCGUUAAUCGCGAAGAAGUCAACCAAGGGCCCCCUUUCGAUUUUAAUACCUUAACUGAGGAAGAGGUGUUGCUAAACUUUCGGUUUUCAAGAGCAGAUCUUCCAAGAUUAUUUCAUGUUCUUCAUAUCCCUAAUGUGAUUGUGACAGACACUAGGAACAGAGUCGAUGGAUUUACAGCACUGCUUAUUCUUCUGAAACGGAUGGCAUAUCCAUGUCGAUUAGCUGAUCUCAAGGCAUUUUUUAAUAUGUCUUCCCAAUCACUUUCUCAAAUUAUUAAUACCACAAUUAGUAUAAUAUUAAGAGAGAGAGGCAAUCUUUUAGAUCAACUAAACAAUCUCGAAUGGUUAAACCGAGAGAGAAUGGCAGUUUAUGCAGAUGCAAUUUAUAAUAAAGGAGGUGCAAUUCACAAUUGUUGGGGGUUCAUAGAUGGCACAACUCGUGGAAUAUGUCGUCCCUUGAUUGAUCAGGAAGAAUAUUACUCGGGACAUAAGAAACACCACUGCCUAAAAUACCAAAGUGUUAUUUGUCCUGAUGGUAUUAUUGCCAGUUUUAUUGGCGCCUUUCCUGGUCGACGACAUGAUGCGGCAAUAUUCAGGUAAAAAA